AUGGCUAUUGAGAACGAAUCAAAUCAGAUGGUUCUAUUUAUCAAUCUUUCUGACUUGCUCCUACGGAACCAAGAGGUCGAAAAGAUUGAGAAAAAUCGGUCAUUCACAACCACUGAUGAAGGAUUUCUCGAAAAGUUAAGGAUUAGUAAUGAGCUCCCUCCGUCUCAGUCUUUGCAGGGCUUGGUAAGUCAGGUAUAUGAAGAGGUGCCCUCCCAAAAGCAUGGGAAUCCGGACUCAACCAUUUUCAACAUAGACCCUACUUCCACUCAGAAUCUAUCUACAAGUAAGGAGAGGGGAUUGAAGGAAAUCCCGCGGGAAGGCAUGCAGCACCCGAACCCGAAACCCCUGAUUGUAAGGGAGAUAGAAUCCUCCCCCGCUGGGCGUACCCCUGAGGGUGAGCUUUCUUUCACGAGUGGGCCGAAUCCGACCGAAGAAAGUCAAGCGUCAAAGAAAGUGCCUGGAGCGCUAGCCACUGGGAUUCAAUUCCAUUUCCAUCGCUUUUUAUCAUCCGACAUCGAUCCCGGCUUCCUUGACAAAGCAAUGCUCGACUGGGAGCUUCUGGAAGCAGCUGUAGAGUGUGAACUUGGUAUCGUCGUGCCUCGUUCUGGCUACACUUCUCUGCUUCGUGAUUCGCUGGGCCUACGCCAGGAUGAGCUCAAGCUUGGUUAUGCAGGAGGGGAUCCGACUCGCUUAUUUACCAAGAUUUUUAAUUGA